UGUCCGGGGACGGCUCCCGGCAUAGGCCUGGGUCUCUGGGCGUUGAGGAGCUACCCACCGGAGGUGGGGGCCCCACUGCAUCAUCGGGGGCCCCCCUUCCGUCACAGCCCCCGGUGCACUGUGCAGCCCCCCCAACACGGGCCCAUGGUGUACCUGGCAGCGGCGCAGGGAGGCGGCGGGCUCACCGAUGGAAGUUGUCACAACUACUCUGAAGGUCAUAAACUUCUGCUGGGGGCGGAGGAGGCACUUUCUCCAGCAGGGUCGAGCUCCAUCUACAUGUGUAAGCUCUGCAACUUGUUCUCUCCCAGUCACUCGGACCUCCUGCUACACGUCACCGAAAACCACUCCAAGGAAGACCUGAGCUCGGAUCAUAUCAUUAUCCCACUAAGGCCGCUGGUGCCAUCAGGCAAGAACAAAGACGAGUUGUCUGUGGUGAAAAGGAAAAGAGGGCGUCCCAAGGGUUCCACUAAGAAGCCGUUUGCGGAGGAAGAGCCUGCAGAGAACAAUGGAAGCCUUCCCAAAGAAAACCAGCUGGAAGCCAAAGAAGCGCGUCUCUCCCCGGAGCCGUUACCCGACAACCUGGAAUGCCGGAAAUGCAGCAGAACCUUCUGUAACAUCAGGCAGCUGAAGAAACACAUCUGCAUCAUUGUGCUGAAUGAUGACGAUGACGUCACUCAAGGCAAUGACUUUGAGGGGAAGUUUAUACUGUCUGACUAUGAAAAGGAAAAGCAGACGAAGCGGUCGCGCCUUCAGAAGACUGAGAGAACUCUACAAUCGAAAGAGGCUGAGAAGACCCAGGGAGUGAAUCCCAUUGUCAGCGUCCUUCUGACUGCACAUGAAGCUAUUCCAGGAGCAACAAAAAUCAUUCCUAUUGAAGCUGCGGCCCCAGCGGCCGAGCCUGAGGCAAACGCUCAGCCGGCUGAUCCAGAGCAGGGGCAGAGAAGGGGAUACCAGGAGUACGCCAUCCAGCAAGUACCCCAGGAACAGUCUGCUAAUCCAAGCAGAGUAGGUCCGACCCAGCUGAAGAUUUUCACCUGUGAAUACUGCAAUAAGGUCUUCAAAUUUAAGCACUCGCUGCAGGCCCACCUGCGGAUCCACACCAAUGAGAAACCGUACAAGUGCCCCCUCUGCAACUACGCCAGUGCCAUCAAGGCCAACCUCAGCGUGCACAUGAGAAAGCACACAGGCGAGAAGUUCAGCUGCGACCACUGCUCCUUCAGCUGCCUCAGCAAGGGACACCUCAAGGUGCACGUGGAGCGCGUUCAUAAGAAGAUCAAGCAGCACUGCCGAUUCUGCAAGAAGAAGUACUCGGACAUCAAGAACCUCAUCAAGCACAUGAAAGAGACGCACGACCUGCUGGACAAGAAAGUGCUGGAGACCUUUGACGAGCUGAAGCUCCUCACCAGAGAGGGGAAGAGGCAGCUCCUUUACGAUUGUCACAUUUGCGAGCGCAAGUUCAAAAACGAGCUGGAGCGAGAUCGGCAUAUGCUGGUCCACGGUGACGAGAGGCCGUUUGCUUGCGAGCUCUGCGACCACGGUGCAACUAAGUACCAAUCCCUUGAGCUGCACAUCCGGAAGCACCCCUUCGUCUAUGUGUGCUCCCACUGUUUGAAAAAGUUUGUGAGCACCGUAAGACUAAAAGCUCACAUCAAGGAAUUUCACCCUGAUAUACGGGAGGACUCAGUUUUUAACGACUCCAUCAAUCAGAGUUUUUGUCUUUUGGAGCCUGGGAGCGACAUUCAGCAGGAGGCUCUCGGUACCAGUGCUGAAGAUGUCGCCAUGUCUUCCAUGCUGGAACCUCCGACCUGUGCACAGGAUCUGGAGCAAUCUCAGGACUUACGAGCACAACGUGGUGGCUUGCUUUCCAAAAUCCAUGAAGAGUCACUUGAGCGAGCAGAUAGUAUAACAGACUGCACCACAACAAAGCUGCCCGGCUCACCAAACCUGUCUUCUGAGGUGUCUCAUGAAGAGCUCUUCCACCAUUUGACAGAGAAGGAGAACAAUCAUUUAUAUGCUAAUCUAGGAAACGUACAAAGUGACAAUAACAGUUCGGGGGCUGUCAGUCAUGCUACAAGUGAAAUCUCCCAUUUAAAACCCACAGAGUUAGAAGGUUUUGCUGAACAGGUUGCAUUUGGACCUGAACAGAGUGGCAGCGAGCAAGGUGACCGGGAUAGCGCAGAUACCGGGCACCACAAACAGCUUCCCGCCCCGAACUCUGCGCCGGACAGCUCAGGGCAAACGGCUGCGUUUAUGGCGAUUCUGAACGGAUUGCAGAAGAGGCAGCUGAACACCGUUUUAUUUCAGAAAAUCAGGAAGAUUUAUGGUGAACUGGAGUGUGAAUAUUGUGGUAAGCUGUUCUGGUAUCAGGUCCAUUACGAUAUGCACAUCCGGACUCACACCCGAGAACACCUGUACUACUGCUCCCAGUGCAGCUACUCCUCCAUUACCAAGAACUGCCUGAAGCGUCACGUCAUACAGAAACACAGUAAUAUAUCCAUGAAGUGCCCGGCAGCGGGAUGCAACUACUCCAGCCCUGACAAGUACAAGCUGCAGUCCCACCUGAAGGUCCACACAGAGCUGGACAAGAAGACUUACUCUUGCCCGGCCUGUGACAAGUCGUUUUCAGAUGAUCGGCUUAUAAAGUCCCACAUCAAAACAAACCACCCGGAUAUUUCUGCAAAUUUAAUAUCCGAGGUUCUCGGACGCAGAGUUCAACUUAAAGGUCUGAUCGGGAAAAGAGCCGCAAAGUGCCCGUACUGUGACUCGUAUUUCAUGAAGAAUGGCUCAGAUCUACAGCGACAUAUAUGGGCCCAUGAAGGUCUGAAGCCAUUUAAAUGCACCUUGUGUGACUACGCCACUCGCAGCAAGAGUAACCUGAAGGCGCACAUGAAUCGCCAUAAUACAGAGAAAACUCACCUCUGCGAUUUGUGCGGCAAAAAGUUCAAAUCCAAAGGAACCCUGAAGAGUCACAAACUCCUUCACACGGCUGGGGGGAAGCAAUUUAAAUGCACAAUAUGUGACUUCACUGCAAUCCAAAAACCCCAGCUUCUCCGUCACAUGGAGCAACAUACCUCUUUCAAGCCAUUUGGUUGUGCCUUAUGCCAUUAUUCCUGCAAUAUUCCGGGCUCACUGAAGCGACACUACAACAAGAAGCAUCCUAAUGAAGAAUGCGUGAACUCCAGCUCAGGGGAGAUCUCCACUGAAGCCCUCGUCCUCCAAGGAGGCAUUAAGUGCCCUGUAUGCAGUUUCGUGUAUGGAACGAAAUGGGAAUUCAACAGACAUCUGAAGAAUAAGCAUAAUCUUAAAAUGGUGGAGAGCGACAAAGAGACGCGGUGGGAGUCUGUGGAUGUGACCGAGGAGAUCUCUGCCCAGUUCCUUCAUAUCACUGAAGCCGAAACAGAUGUUCAGGGAACGCAAACAGCUGUCGCCACUCUCCAGGACCUGCACUAUACCUCAGAAACAUGUGAUAAAUUUGACCCCACGGCUGUGAACAUACUCCAGCAGAUCAUUGAGUUGGGAUCGGAGUCCCACGACGCGGUGGCAUCGGUGGUCGCUAUGGCUCCCGGGACCGUUACAGUGGUGGAGCAGGUGACUGAAGAAGAGCGCUCGGCUAAUCGCACAGUGAUGAUCCAGGAGGCGCUACAGCAAGCCUCCGUAGGGUUGGGCGAGCAGCACCACCUAGUGGUUUCAUCGGACGACGUUGAAGGGAUCGAAACAGUUACAGUGUACACCCAAGGAGAGGAGGCUUCGGAGUUUAUAGUUUAUGUGCAGGAAGCCAUGCAGCCAGUGACAGAUGGUACCAUGGAGCACAUAUUGCAGGAAAUAUGAAAUGCCUCCAGAAAAUAUGCAAAUGUGCCUAUGAACUCCAGUUUACACUGUAAGGAAAACAUUUCCCCGGUACAAAUUCCCCAUUGUCUUCCCUAUAAUAAAUCCUCCCACAGCCAUAUUGGAAAGAUGUUCAAAGAAAGAAAAAAAAAAUAAUAGUAAUGAUCAUUUAUUCAAGACAGCAUUUGCCCAUCAGAUCCUACCUAAUGACUACCCCAAAGUCAUUUAGUAAUUGCAUUUUAAAUGACUGAGCAAUAAUUACAAAGUAACUCGUCUGGAAUCAGUCCUGGUGAUUGUUUACAUACAAUAAACUCCGUGCAUUUUGCCUGGCAUUCCUAAUUGUAAUUCAGCUCAUUUACGUACAUUCUUUUCAUUCACUGAUCUCUGCACACUUUUGUAAAUGAAAUAAAACACUGCACUUUGUUUGUUCAA